AUGCUGCCGAUUCUGCUGGGCCUGCUGGGCCCGGCCGCCUGCUGGGCUCUGGGCCCGGCCCCGGGCUCAUCGGAGCUGCGCUCGGCCUUCUCGGCGGCGCGCACCAGUCCCUUGGAGGGCACGUCGGAGAUGGCAGUGACCUUCGACAAGGUGUACGUGAACAUCGGCGGCGACUUCGACGCGGCCACUGGCCAGUUCCGCUGCCGCGUCCCGGGCGCCUACUUCUUCUCCUUCACGGCGGGCAAGGCCCCGCACAAGAGCCUGUCGGUGAUGCUGGUGCGCAACCGCAAUGAGGUGCAGGCGCUGGCCUUCGACGAGCAGCGGCGGCCCGGCGCGAGGCGCGCCGCCAGCCAGAGCGCCAUGCUGCAGCUCGACUACGGCGACACAGUGUGGCUGCGGCUGCAUGGCGCGCCACAGUACGCGCUCGGCGCCCCGGGGGCCACUUUCAGCGGCUACCUGGUGUACGCGGACGCCGACGCGCCUGCGCGCAGCCCGCAGGGGCCCCCCGAGCCGCGCUCGGCCUUCUCGGCGGCGCGCACACGCAGCCUGGUGGGCUCGGACUCGGGUCCCGGGCCGCGGCACAGGCCGCUAGCCUUUGACACGGAGCUGGUCAACAUCGGUGGCGACUUCGACGCGGCGGCCGGCGUGUUCCGCUGUCGCCUGCCUGGCGCCUACUUCUUCUCCUUCACGCUUGGCAAGCUGCCGCGUAAGACGCUGUCGGUGAAGCUGAUGAAGAACCGCGACGAGGUGCAGGCCAUGAUUUACGACGAUGGCGGGUCGCGGCGCCGUGAGAUGCAGAGCCAGAGCAUAAUGCUGGCGCUUCAGCGCGGCGACACCGUCUGGCUGCUCAGCCACGACCACGACGGCUACGGCGCUUACAGCAACCAUGGCAAGUACAUCACCUUCUCCGGCUUCCUGGUCUACCCCGACCCCGACCCCGCCGCCCACCCGCCGGGCCUCGGGCCCCCGGAGCUCUGAGCCCUGGGUGGAGAGGAGCUCGGAGCGGCCCAGGGGUUUGCAUGCCGGGCCCGGGCGCGAACGUCCCGCCGACGCAAGCA